UCCAAUGAAUUCAUAUCUGAUAUUUACAUUCUUGGAAUAAAUAUUUUUCCCUCAAUAAAACACAAAUAUAAGAACAGAAAAUAUUAAUCUGCUGAACCCUAUUUUCAGAGAUAAAAAUGGAGAAAAUAUCAAACCCUUCUCCCCCACAUGUAAUAAUCUUUCCUUUUCCAGUACAAGGUCAUGUAAACUCCAUGCUCAAGCUAUCCGAGAUUCUAAGUCUUGCCGGAAUUCAUGUUACCUUCGUAAACACGCAACAAAACGAAGAACGUCUUUUCAAAUUUACGGAUAUUCAAGCGCGUUUCAAGAAAUAUUCGGGUUUCCGAUUCAUGGCGAUUCAAGAUGGUAUGAACAGAGAUUCUUCACUUAAAUUUGAUCUGAAGGAUUUGCUCGAUUCGAUGGAACGGACUAGCAGGCCGGAAUUUAAACAAUUGCUUGCUGAUAUUAGGCCGCGGGUUGACUGUAUCAUCGGAGAUGGAGUUCCGGGAUUUAUACUUGAGAUUGCUGUUGAGGUUGGAAUGCCAAUUAUUCUGUUUCGUACGAUAAGUGGAUGUUGCUUCUGGGUUUAUUUUUGUAUUCUUGAUAUGAUUCAAGCUGGUGAACUUCCUAUCAGAGGAGAAGAAGACAUGGAUAGACUAAUUACAAAAGUUCCGGGAAUGGAAACUUUUCUCCGAUGCAGAGAUCUUUCGAGCUUCUGCAGAACUACUAACAUGGAGGAUUACGAUCUCCAAGUAUUGAUGAACGUGACAAGAAAUUCCCCACAGGCACAAGCCCUAAUUCUCAAUACAUUCGAAGAUCUCGAAGGACCAAUAUUAUCACAAAUCCGCAAUCAUUGUCCGAAACUCUACUCUAUCGGACCUCUUCACGAACUUUUAAAUUCAAAACUUAAAGAAUCAGAUCAUCAAUCUCCGAAUAGUCUAUGGGAAGUCGACAGAAAUUGCAUGACCUGGCUUGACCGUCAAGUAACGAAAUCAGUUAUCUAUAUUAGCUUUGGUAGCAUUACAAUAAUAACACAAGAACAAUUCAUCGAAUUAUGGCACGGUAUUGUAAACAGCAAGAUUCCGUUUUUAUGGGUUAUAAGACCCGAUUCUAUUACCAAUAUAAACCACGGAAAAUUUCCUGAAGAGCUUCUAAAAGAAGGUGAAAAAGAAAAUGGAUAUAUAGUAAAAUGGGCGCCGCAAGAAGAGGUGCUGGCGCAUAAAUCAGUUGGCGGAUUUUUGACGCAUAGCGGAUGGAAUUUGAGUUUAGAGAGUAUAGUUUCUGGUGUUCCGAUGAUUUGCUGGCCGUAUUUUGCUGAUCAACAAGUGAAUAGUAGAUUUGUGAGUGAGAUUUGGAAUUUGGGAUUGGACAUGAAGGAUGUUUGUGAUAGAAAAAUUGUUGAGAAAAUGGUGAAUGAUCUUAUGGUGAAUAAGAGGGAUGAGUUUGUAAAAUUUUCUAGUAGAAUGGCAGAAUUGGCGAGGAAGAGUGUGAGUGAAGGUGGGUCUUCGUGGAGAAAUCUGGAUCGUUUGAUUGAACAUAUAACUAUGAUUAGUAUGCAAGGACACCAUGAAUAAGACCGAUUGAGCAAGUUUGUCUGAAUUAACUAAAUAAUGUAUAAUUAUUCCGGACAUCUUUUGUGUCAUAUUAUUUUAUAAUAAAUUAGUAGAAUGUCUAAAAUAUUUUAUAAGUA